UGGCAGAACAAGCUAAACUACAUAAACUUGCGCUAAAAGCAGAGAUUUUAGUCGCAUGUUGUCGUGCUGUAAUAACGGUUAUAGUUAAGUGUGUUGGAGCUGGUAUUAAAGAAAAAAUAGCAAAAUACACUUCAAAAUAUUUUAGUUUCUAUAAUAACGAUUUUUAGUUUCCGUAUCAUUUCUAUACGCAAUAUUACAAGAUGAGAGCCAAUAAUGGUCGAAUAUGGGGUAAAUUUAAUAACGAUGAAUUCGAAGUGAGAAGUUUAACUGAAUCGGAUUUGGAAGAAGCUUUGGAGGUACUAGAUAAGUCAUUCUUUUUGCACGAGUCCGUUUGCAUAGCCUGCGAAAUCAAUUUGCCUGAAAAUGAACAAGCGCGUGCCGAACUUCGCGAACUAUGCCGCAGAGCAGCAUAUGACGGUGUGUCGCUUGUAGUCAAGCACGUGGAGAGUGGAAAGAUAGUGGGAGUUGCGUUCAAUAAAAUACAGUACAUACCGCCGAAGGGUGAAGAGCCUUUCUUCAUACAAUUCCGCAACGAGCACACAAAAUCACCACAAGCUCAGGGCCUUAUGGACUUUAUGAUCGAGGUAGAUUCGGAGAACGAUGUAUUUGAGCUCUAUAAAAUUGACACGCUCCUGGAGUUGAUGUUCCUUGCAACUUUGCAAGAAUGGGGUCGUCGUGGUAUCGCAAGUCAAUUAUCGCGCUACACCAUACAGUUGGCGCGCGAGCUCUCCGAAGGCGUUGGUGUCAAUGAAAUGCAUCCCCAACUACGCGAUAAACGCCCCAAAGCUGUGACUGCAAUCUUUACCUCUAUGUUCUCACAAAAGGCUGGUCGUUCGCAGAAUUUUAAAGUGAUCAACAGUGUGCCCUAUACACGCUUUACCUAUAAUGGUAAAACAUUCGAUCAAUCUAUUAAUCCCAUGCACAAAACUACAGAACAUGCUCUGUUUUUGUUCUGCCUCCCGCUCAGUUGCCGUGUUCUGUCAGUGGCCGGAAAAUUGUUCACAUUUUGGACAACAUUUAUUAUAGACACAUUUGAAAACUUAGUAGGAAAUAAAAAAAAAAUGAGCGAGAAGCCUACGAAUAUUAUAAGCAAUGGUGAAUUGGAGAUUGUCACGAUCACUGAGGCGCUAUACGAUGAGGCAGUAAAGCUGUUUACCGACAAUUUUAUACCACAAGAGAAUGCUUCCAUCGCUACCAAAACGCCCAGUUCACCACAGGCGAUUGAAGAGCUGCAGUGUUUAUGCCGAAAGUUACUCACAGAGAAUAUCUCAUUUGCAGCGCGUAAUAUUGCCAAUGGAGAGCUAGCUGCCAUCGCUGUCAAUCACCUGAUGUCAUCGACAUCUGAAAACUGCACACUUUUCGAUACAGUGCGGUCUCCUGCUAUAGAAUGUAUUAACGAUUUCUUGGAACGCAUCGAUACCAGUGCCGACAUCUAUAAGACACUGCAAAUAGACUGUGUACUUGAGAUUGUCUUUCUGGCAACUAGCUCCAAAUAUGUGCAACGUGGCUUAGCCAGUUCUCUAACCGAAUAUACAAUUGAGUAUGCGCGGCGUCUGCAAAAGGGCAUAUUACCACCAGAAGAUUUGCCAGCUGCAGAAGUGCGUGCGCUCAAACCAAGUGCAGUCUGUUCAGUAUUCACAUCGAUACAUACGCAACGCAUUGGACGAAAAUUUAAUUUCGAAAUUUUGAAUCAAAUACCGUACACGGAGUUCACAUUUGAGGGAAAAACAUUUGCGGAGCGUAUAGAUCCCAAGCAUAAGUUUGCCACAUUCGAGGCUUUGCGGUUAUAAUAUGUGGAGGAGUUAUGUCAGAUGGAAAUGGAAUACGUAUAUUUAUAAGCAAUAGAUAUAUGUAACUAAAGAGUACCAGGUGUUGUGAAUAGAAUUUCCCAAAGAUAAAGAACCUUCACCAAAAGAA